CAUGGCAGCCUCCAAGAAGACCGUCCUCAUCACAGGCAGCACACGCGGCAUCGGACUUGCCUUCGCCGAGUACUACACCAAGGCCGGGUGGAAUGUCAUCGGAACGGCUCGCGCCGGAAGCAACACCGACAAGCUCGCUGCACUCUCGCCCUUCAAGAUUGUCACACUGGACGCCGGUGACGAGGCUACUGUGCUCGACACGGCUCGCCAGUUGGAUGGGGUACCUAUCCACCUGCUCAUCAACAACGCCGGCAUUGGUGUCUACUCGACUUUCGAGACCGCUACGAAAGCUGACAUCAUGAAGGUGUUUGAGGUCAACGCGGUCGGACCGUUCCUCGCCACUCGCGCGCUUCUGCCGAAUCUAAAACUCGCGACCGACACGCAGACUCCCGCCAUCGUCCUGCAGAUCACUUCCAUCAUGGGAAGCAUCGCAUGCAACAACGACGAACACGCGCAACUGUUCCGCGGUCAGUAUGGCUACACCACGUCCAAGGCCGCGCUGAACAUGAUCACCCACUCGCUGGCCAUGGACCUGCGUGAGCACGGUGUCGCAGUCGUGACAGUGAACCCCGGGUACGUGGACACGGACAUGACCCACCAUCAAGGUGUUGUAAAGCCCGCCGACACGGUAUCGGCGAUGGCCGACAUUGUGGCCAAGUUGAAGCUUGAGGAUACGAGCAAGUUCUUCAACGCAGACCCCACCAUUCCUGUUCCAAGCGAGAGUCAAAACACUGAAAUAGCUGACGGAGACUCUGUAGACGGCAAGAGCUUUGCUGAAAAAUUCGCCGUUCGUUGGUGGCAGCACAAUCUCCGCAGCUACAAGAAGAUGGCCGGACUUUUGGAGAAGAUGAAUAUUGAUACGAGAGCAGGGAAGGAUCUGAUCGAGGACUUGGAGGCCUGGACAAGCAAGCAUUUCGGCGAGGGCAACAUCAUACCUUCAUCGGAGUUGCCGUGGUAAACGAUAACGACCCUGGCUAGAAAGACGAUCUCUUUACUUAUCAAUGGAAGCUUCAUUUGAUAAAGCUCGUGAUUAUUCUGUUUUUGUGGUAGGGCACAGAAAGAUGCGACACAAAGAGCUUCGUAUUUACUCGGGGUUUUGUGAGCGCAACAUAGU